AUGGAUGAACUUGAGCGCCUUCAGCUCGUCUCAAAAGUAUGUAGUGAAUUGGAGAAUCACUUCGGAGUUGCUGAUAAAAAUGUCGCAGAGUUCAUCAUCGAUUUGGCGAGCAAAUCAAAGACUUUCGACAAAUUCAAGAAAGCGCUUGAUGAGGAAGGACUUGGGGACCAGUUUGACGAUUCAUUGAUUGCCAACUUACAACGUCUCAUCCUACACAUGUUACCCAAAAAGGAGAAAAAGAAGAAAGGGAUUUCGGACAAAAUGACACACAAAAUAACAUUGAUCUCAGAUGCAAAAGAUGAACUGAAAGCUCGUUUGCCUGCCCUUGCUAUGCCCGAUACAAUUGACGAACCUCAAAGUGAUAUGAUGGCCCAAUUGGAGAAUUUGAUGCCUAAAUGGCAGGAUGCGAAAGAAGAUGAAACAAAGAGGGAUCGUUCACCUUCACCAAAAAGGAAACGAGAUCGAGACAGAAGUCGGGAUCGGCGAAGGAGUCGAAGCAGGGAUCGUGAUAGGAGUGGUAGAGAUCGUGACCGUGACCGUUCAAAAAGAAGUCGAAGCAGAAGCAAUGAUCGGGAUCGCAAUCGCAAUAGAGACCGGGAUCAGAAAAGAUGGAGAAGGAGUCGAAGUGGCUCUCGUGAUCGUGGUGGUGGACGCGGCGGUAGGCGUGAACGCGACAUCCCUGAUGCUCCUGAGCCUGGGAUGAUUCUCAAUGGACGUGUCAACAACAUGACCGGAUUUGGAGCCUUUGUCCAGUUGGACGGUCUUCGCCAGCGGGCGGAGGGUCUCGUGCACAUUUCACAAAUCAAGAAUGAACGAGUGAAUUCUGUCUCCGAUGUUCUCCAAAGGGGUCAAAAGGUGAAGGUGAAGGUGCUGAAAAUCGAGAACGGAAAAACAUCGUUGUCAAUGAAAGAAGUUGAUCAGGAUACCGGAGAAGAUCUCAAUCCUAAGGAAGAAGAAUUGGCUCCAGAUGCCUUGAGAGUCACAAAUCUCAGAAACCCCGAAGCGCCGCGAACUCGAGAUGAAGAUGAUGGACCGAGUAUGGCCAGCACUAGUAAUGCCAAGAAAAGUCGUGUCAAAAUGUCAACGCCAGAACGAUGGGAAAUGCAACAACUCUACAGCUCGGGAGCUAUCUCACACAUGGAGAUGCCCGAUUUUGAUGAAGAUCAUGGAGUGCUUAAGAAUUUUGAUGAAGAAGACGAUGGUGAAGAUUUGGAAAUUGAACUCGUAGAGGAAGAGCCGGAUUUCUUGAAAGCUUAUGGUAAACAUUCAAAUGAAGUGGAGGCAGUGAAAGUUGUCAAAAAUCCGGACGGAAGUCUUGCACAAGCUGCCAUUAUGCAGGGAGCUCUUUCCAAAGAACGACGUGAAGAGAAGAUCAAAAACCAACGAGAACGGGAUCAAGAUGAUAAAGAUAAUAUGGGAUAUCAAUCAAAAACCCGAAUAUUGGAUCCGAUGCAAAGAGUUGGAUACGAAGAUCGAGGUGAAGAAAGACAACGAGGUGUCCAGAAGGAUAUGCCAGAAUGGAUGAAAUAUGUGACACAAGGCGGUCGGGCCACUUAUGGAAAGAGAACAAAUCUGAGCAUGAGAGAACAACGAGAAAGUCUUCCGAUUUUCCACUUCAAGGAUGCUCUUGUCAAAGCGGUGAUGGAACACCAAAUGCUGGUUGUUGUUGGCGAGACUGGCUCGGGAAAGACAACGCAGAUGACUCAAUACAUGGUGGAAGCUGGAUUUGCAAGAAGAGGAAAGAUUGGAUGCACCCAACCAAGGCGCGUCGCUGCAAUGUCCGUUGCAAAGAGAGUUGCCGAAGAAAUGGGAGUGAAAUUGGGGCAAGAAGUUGGAUACACAAUUCGUUUUGAAGAUUGCACAAGCCCCGAUACCGUCAUCAAAUAUAUGACUGAUGGUAUGUUACUGCGAGAAUGCCUUCUUGAUCCAGAUCUUUCUGGGUAUUCACUCAUUAUGCUUGACGAGGCCCACGAACGGACAAUUCACACUGAUGUUCUAUUCGGGUUGUUAAAAAAGGCAGCGAAGAAACGAAAAGAUAUGAAGCUUAUCAUCACAUCAGCCACACUUGAUUCGGUGAAAUUCUCAGAGUAUUUUUGUGAGGCUCCAAUUUUCACAAUUCCCGGACGAACGUUCCCCGUGGAAAUUCUAUUUUCCAAGGAACCAGAAACGGACUACAUGGAAGCGGCGUUGAUCACCGUGAUGCAAAUUCAUUUGACCGAGCCUCCCGGUGAUGUUCUUGUGUUCUUAACGGGACAGGAAGAGAUCGACACCGCGUCUGAAGUGCUGUAUGAGAGAAUGAAGUCACUUGGGGCAAAGGUUCCCGAGUUGAUUAUUCUGCCUGUAUAUGGUGCUCUUCCAUCUGAAAUGCAAACGAGAAUCUUUGAACCAGCGCCUCCAGGAAAACGGAAAGUUGUCAUCGCCACAAAUAUCGCUGAGGCUUCGCUCACGAUUGAUGGAAUUUACUAUGUGGUGGACCCAGGAUUUGUGAAGCAAAAGAUUUACAAUCCCAAGAGUGGAAUGGAUAGUUUGACAGUCGUGCCAAUUUCCCAAGCAGCUGCAAAACAAAGAGCUGGACGAGCUGGAAGAACGGGGCCUGGCAAAUGCUAUCGAUUGUACACUGAAAGAGCUUAUAGGGAUGAAAUGUUGCCAAUGCCCGUCCCAGAAAUUCAACGAACAAACUUGGCUUCAACACUUCUGCAAUUGAAAUCGAUGGGAAUUAACAAUCUGAUUGACUUCGACUUCAUGGAUGCUCCUCCUUUAGAAGCGAUGAUUACCGCUCUUCACGAGCUGCACACAUUGUCGGCUCUCGAUAAUGAUGGAUUAUUGACGAGAUUGGGAAGGAGGAUGGCCGAGUUUCCUCUUGAACCUUCUCUUGCCAAAUUGCUUAUCAUGUCGGUAGAUCUUCAAUGCUCAGAUGAGGUUUUGACGACUGUGAGCAUGCUUUCUGCACAGAAUGUCUUCUAUCGACCAAAGGAAAAAGCUGAGUUGGCCGACCAAAAGAAAGCGAAAUUCCAUCAACCAGAGGGAGAUCAUGUGACUGCGUUGGCGGUGUACAACUCGUGGAAACAUCAUCACUACUCCCAGCCAUGGUGUUUCGAAAAUUUCAUUCAGGCGAGAGCUCUUAAACGAGCACAAGAUAUUCGAAAACAACUACUGGGAAUCAUGGACAGGCAUAAACUUGACGUAGUUUCUUGUGGACGAGAUGUUCAACGAGUCCAGAAAGCAAUUUGCUCAGGAUUCUUCAGAAAUGCGGCAAAGCGAGAUCCACAAGAAGGCUAUCGUACUUUGGUUGAUGGUCAACAAGUCUACAUUCAUCCCUCAUCAUCGCUCUUUCAAAAUCAACCAGAAUGGGUCGUUUAUCACGAACUUGUUAUGACGACAAAAGAAUAUAUGAGAGAAGUAACAGCAAUCGACCCAAGGUGGCUUGUCGAAUAUGCCCCAUCAUUCUUCAAAUUUGGUGAUAAUGCAAAAUUGUCGACAUUCAAGAAAAAUCAAACAAUUGAUCCGUUGUUCAACAAAUUCCAGGAUCCGAACGAAUGGCGUAUCUCUCGUGUCAAGAAGAGGAUUUACAACCCGAACAGA